AUGGCGCACAAGAAUCAGAGAAAAGAGAGCUCCAGCAGUGCGUCACAUCCGACCAAUGAAGACCAAGACAGUCUGAUCCGUCCGAAGAAACUGUCCAACCCCGUGCUGGAGUCCUGCAGUCGGAGGGGAUUACACCGCGAGCUCAUCGUCAGCCACAGAUGUGGUCUUCUGCCUGAAAGGAAGCCGGAGCUGAAGCAUGUGCUGGAGCAGAGGAGACUGGAGAAACAUCGAGACCGAGAACAAGCCUCACAGCCGCCGUCCGACCUGGAGAAAGAGCUGAGCAAGAGACGCCAGAUACUGCAGGCGUAUGAGCAAGAAGAGCUGAGACGCAGAGAAGACCUGCGAAACAUGCCGGAGUUUGUUCGAGUGCGAGAAAACCUGAGACACAUCAGCAUCACAGGCUUCUGA